UUCAGUUUACUGCUACUUGUAGCAGCAGUAUUACUACUUGUAUGUUUUAUUUGUCAAAUAUAGACACCUUUGUUUCAGAAACUUGUUUAUACAUUGUUCAUUAUUGAAGGGUUGAUCAACAUGUCACUUGCACUUUACUGCAUAAUACGCUUGUUUAUCAUGUGAUUCAAAUGCAUCACAAAUUCUGCAUGGGUUAUUUCUUCAAAGUACAGUUAGAAGAAAAGUUAGAAAUAACUGUAUGAUCAUGGACAUAGUCACACAAGCACCUACUCCCAAUGGACGUCUGAACCAAGCCAGCGAGCCGACUCUUCAUGAUGAGAGUGGUGAACAGACAUAUCAGUCUAAUCCACAAAUGGACCUUCAACCUUCAAGCAGCACUCAAAUGAACUGUGAAUAUAUGAGGACAGGUGCUUUUCCUAAAUUAACCAAAGAACAUUCUGUUCAGUUCUCAAAAGUUAAUGAUUAUGCAACAAUAAUAACAGAGGAAAGUAUUGUUGGUGGUCGUUUAGAUUCUGCCACAGGUAGUCCUGAACUGAGUAAGCUGGAUCUCCUCCUGGCUGCUACUUUAGUGUCUGAUGCAAAAAAUGGAGAACAUUCUGAUUUUGAAAUGUCAGACAGAGGAGUGAGACUCUACCUUAUCUAUCACCAUUGGGGUCUUCGAUACCUGUUGUACUUCUUUAUUUUCACUAAUCACGCUGUUGCUUUGUUUGAGGAUCCAGCCUUGAAUGGCUACUUGCUGCCUUAUUGGGUCACUAUGGGGAUUGAGUUAGCUUGCUUAUUGUUCUAUGUGUUCAGACUGCUUCAUGCUAUAUCUUUCAUGCCCACCUUGAGGUUCUGGAGAGAUAAAAAAAACUUGUUGGUUAUUGUUGUUAUCUUUCUUACCGUACUUGACAUGGGAAUUUACACCGGUUUCCAUGCCACAGGCAGAGCUGCUCAGGCCUACAGAUGGUCACGACCUUUGCGACCUUUGUUCCUGGUGAAUUUCUCUGAAAGUAAACAGAUUCGAAGAGCUUUUAGAAAUAUCAGAAGAACUCUUCCAGAUAUCUUGAAUGUACUGAUACUGUUCUUCCUAAACAUUGCUUUAUUUUCUCUAAUGGCACAAAAGCUUUUUGUAAAGAGGUCUCUGAAGUAUCCUAAUGGUUCGCCAUACUUCCAAAACUAUUGGGAUAUAUUUUUUGAUCUUUACGUCCUGGUGACAACUGCCAACAAUCCAGAUGUCAUGAUGCCUGCUUAUGAUGAGAGUAGAUGGUUUGCAGCUUUCUUCAUAAGUUACCUAAUCCUGUGUUUGUACAUUUUCAUGAACAUAUUCCUUGCUGUAAUAUACAAUAACUAUAGAAAACAUUUAAAGAAUGAAGUUAAAAAGAUGGUUUAUAUGAAGAGACAGAGCCUUUCAAGAGCAUUUAACUUUCUGAGAUUAAAAGUGGACAAUAAAAUGAUGCUGACACAUCAACGAUUUAGUUCUCUCAUGAAAAAGGUUUCCCCUGAAAUAAGCUCCACACUAAUUCAAGUCUUCUGGUUUCUACUUGAUGGUGAUGGAGAUAAUUUUGUAGAAAAAGCUGACUUUCUCCAGCUCGCUGACCUGCUGAAUGUUUCUGUAUCUGAAAUACACGACAGAAAGUUCUUUCUUGCCAAACUUUUACCAAAAGUUUACAACUCGAAACCGUCAAAAUUGUUGCGAAGAUUGGUUGCUCAAAAGUAUUUCAGGUACUUCUUUGACUUUAUGAUUCUGAUAAAUGCUGUGCUUAUUGCUUGUGACAUUAAUGAUGCCGAGUGGUUUUUCUUGGUGUUCUUCACCUUGGAAAUUCUACUAAAGAUCUACACAUUUGGCCUUAAAGAGUUCUUCAAAAAAUUCUGGAACUGGUUUGACUUUCUAAUCAUUGGCUCUGCUGUGAUUGCUACUAUCAUUGAGACAGCCGUAGGUGAUUCAGCUGAUGAAAAGAAUCGAACUUUGGACAUUCUUAUGGUAUUAAGAGUAUUGAGGUUGGUGAAAAUCAUUGGUGGCAUAGAAAGGUUUCAAGUUAUCGUGGUGACUAUAAUGAACUUGGGACCUUCCAUUUUAACGUAUGGAGGUGUUCUUUUUGUUGUUUAUUAUGUGUUUGCCAUCAUUGGUAUGGAACUUUUCAAGGAUAAGAUUCAGUAUUUUGGAUAUGAUUCCACCUUAGAUCCAUCUCUACUCUAUUGUGGAAAUCCAAAACUUAACAACUCAAAUUUUUAUACCAGUCAUUAUUGCAGUAACAACUUUAACAACAUAAUGAACUCCAUGGUGGUCCUGUUUGAACUAAUGGUUGUUAAUCAGUGGCAUGUUCUGACUAGUGGGUUUGUGUUAGUGACAGGCAAGUUUGCACGACUUUACUUUUUCAUAUUUCAUCUAACAUGUGUCAUUAUAGUCCUGAACAUUUUUACAGCAUUUGUACUAGAGGCUUUUAUUCUUGAAUACUCCUUCUCCAAAAGCAGGCUAGAAAGUGCCUUAGAAAAAAAGAUCAAAGAAAUGGGUCUCCAGCUAGGAAGAAGACAGUCUAGAGUUUCAAUCAAAACUGACAAACAGGAUUUGGUUGAAGAACAUGAAACAGAAUUGGAAGUGGACAGCGACCACAAUCCUCACUUUUUGGAAGUGGAUGCUAGUGACUCUGCACCAAAAGGAGCUUCUGCUAAACUGGACUUUUUGGAGCACAAUAAUGUCAGGUUUCAUUUGUCCAAAAAUAAAAAUGUGGAAAACUUGCUUCAGAGAAUGUUUGAAAAUGAGCUAGAUGUUGAAGACAUUGGUCCUGCAGACAUUGAUAAUCUUGAUGCUGAAGAUUAAAUUUAAAUUGAUAACUAAUAUUUGAUUCUGAAAAAAUUGUAAUACUUUUUUUAAGCAUUAUCUGUUUGAUAUGCUGAUGUUUUUUAUAUUACAGUAGCUUUAAGAAAGAAAUUUAUUUUUCUUAUUGUUAUCAAAUGUUAGAAGUACCCAAAUAUAUGUAUGUAUCUAUACUUUUCUAUAUUUAAUAAUUUCAUUUGUAUGUAUACAUAUAUUAAUCUUUACAAAGCUUCAGUAUAAUUCCAUUGAAUAUUGCAUAGCCUCAAAUAUUCUAAUUGUUUUUACCAACUUAUUAAGAAGAAGAAUUUUACAAAGGUCAUUAAGUUUCUUCGCUAUGUUAGCUUAAUGAAAUGAGUUAUUAGUGUUAUUGUGUACUCUUUUUCUCAUUGGCUAAAGUUCCAUUUAGUGAGUGCAUGUCUUUGGUACAAGAGAUUAGUCACUUCUAAUUUAUUCACUAUUUGAUAUUCUAGUGGAACAAAAAUUUAUGGUAGCUUGUAUUUGAUUCUCAGUAGGAAGUGGCAAAAGGAGUGACAAAAUACUUUUAUUUUAAAUUAUUGACAACAGGUCUUUUUUUCUCUUAGCAAAUUUCCCUAUGCUGCUAUGUUGUUGAAAGAAAAACAAAUUAUACUUAAAAGAUAUUUUGAAAACAGUUGUAACAUAAUGCUCACAGCCUUUUUCAUAUGGUAUUUUUGGUGUUGCUGACAAGUGACGCACUCAAGGUUUACUGUAAAGUGUUCUAGAUUGUUGAACCUUAACAUAUGUUUGGUGCUACCAGUGGUUUAGUUCUAAAUUUUAUAGUGCUGAAGCCAUGCCAGAAUAUCUGUCACACAAGUGAUGUCAUCAUUGGAUUAUACAACUCAUAUUGAAAACCUAAUAUCUAUUUCUGAAUCUCAAAUGCUGAAGCAUAGUUCUGGAGUGCUCCAGUGAGCACUACACCUAUAGAUGUUACCUAGCACAGCAGUCUUUUGAGAACAGAUUUAUGUAAACUUUUAAUGAAAGUGAUUUGCUGUUUAGCAAAUAAAAGCCCUUACUUACAGUUUGAACUUUUGUGUACCAAUAACCAUAUCUUGUUUUACUGUGAUACUUCAAUGUAUUAUAGUAGUGAGGGUUUUUCUUAGACCUAAACUAAUUUGUUUUUACAAGUAACAAUUGCACAAAAGCUUAGAAGUAUGACUUGAACAGCUAACUCACUAAAUGCUGAUUCUUGAGAAGUCUAAGCAACAUGAUCACUGGCAUGCCUUAUACUAAUCAUGGUAAAGUAUCGGAGAUCAUGCUAUACAAUGAACAGAAUUAUUGUCUGGAAAAUUGUUAGUGUUUCUACUAUGGCUUGUAGCUAUUUAUAUAAAUAUACAUAUAUCAGAUUUAUUGUUUAUCCUAAUAACUCAGGUACGUAAUUUUAUAUGCAUACUUGGUCAGAUUUAUGGCUAACAAAUACACAACACUUUCUCACUCCUGACAACAUUAUAUAAGCCAUAAAGUGACUGCUGUUGUGUUUCAACAAAUUUAUAUUGCUUCUGAGUUUAAUAAAGUUUAUUAUUUUGUAUACAUUUUGUGAAAUAGAUUAAUCACGCUGUUGUCUAUGUUAAAACUUAUAAAAGUCAACAUUUGAAUUUUUAUUAGCUUGAGUUGAUUGAAACCUUGAAAAUACUAUCAAAUGUUUGAGUAUGUAAUUAUAGUCUAGAAUGUAAUUGUUUAAGAUUGAGUUUGUUCUGUUUAAGAAAUCUGUGAAUUUAAAAUCAAUUUAUGCUGAAAAAUCUUACAUUUCCUUGGAAGUGUAUUAUAUAUUAAAUAUGGCCAGGAUCUUAACAUUCCAUUACUGUGAUUUACAUAAAAUUGAUCAAACUUCAGUUUUUUAUUUUAAAAGUAUUUUUAAGAGAAAUAUUUCUUCUAUAAAAGGAUGAUACAAAGAAUGAGUUAAUGUAUUUUCAUGAGAGUAUUAACCCUUUCAGUAAUGUAAUGUUAUACUGUAGUGGGAUACAUGUUCUGUAUGUAAGCAUCACCACAGGUAUGUUGGACCUCCACAGUUUUUAUUAUAAUGUUUAAAUAUACUCAAAUGAAUUUGCUGUUUUAUUAUUUUUAUUUAUACAUAGAAGUUAAACAAGGUUCUAUAAUCAAAAGAACCAUCUUUAAUUCUAGAAGAUCUCAAACAUUUGGAAUCCAGAGAUUAUUUUGUCCAACAGUUUUUUGUUUUUCCAAAUGGUAUAUUAAUUCAGUACAUUCCAGGACAUAAAAAGACAACGAAUACAAGAUUGAUGCUGUAAGGAUCAUAACUUUUAAUACAACUAAAACAAUAUUGAUGAUGUAAGGAUCAUAGCUUUUGAUACAACUAAAACAAUAUUGAUGAUGUAAGGAUCAUAGCUUUUAAUACAACUAAAACAAUAUUGAUGAUGUAAGGAUCAUAGCUUUUAAUACAACUAAAACAAUAUUGAUGAUGUAAGGAUCAUAACUUUUAAUACGACUAAAACAAUAUUGAUGAUGUAAGGAUCAUAGCUUUUGAUACAACUAAAACAAUAUUGAUGAUGUAAGGAUCAUAACUUUUAAUACAACUAAAACAAUAUUGAUGAUGUAAGGAUCACGGCUUCUCACAAAUUUAUUCAAGUGACCAUCAGUAGUGGUAAUGAGAAGUUUCUUGAUUAUUAGUUUUUAGUGUAAAUUCAUCAAAAGACAAAGACAAUUUCAGGUAGUUCUCUAAUCAUAAAAGAUUCCUAAAACUUUAAAAUUCCAGUUUUAUUCUAAUUUCAUAUUCUGGUUCAUGUUCAAGAUUUGGGGAGAUUAAAUAGUUAUCAAUUAGUAUCUUAACUGAAUAUAAUAGAAGUGAAUCAUCCAAAUAUUUUGUUAGACUUGAUCAAAUCU